CAAAGUCCCGAGACUGCAUUUUGUAACAAAAAAUAACUCUCCACAGAGACAGAAAUAUAUAUUCCUGGCAGAGUACUCAAACCACUUCUGUGGUGGUUCCUGCUACAGUAAGUGUCUCCAGUAACAUUAUGAGACACACAUUCACACAAACUGAAAACAAUACCAGCUCUGCUGUUAAAAAUACUCACCUAGGCAUCAGUCAGUUUGUUUUUGGUACCCCACCAAUGCGUCUGUACCCUCUGCUUAUUUUAGGCUACUAUUUAAUAUUCCAAUUGAUACAAACUCAAAGGAGUUCUUGAACCCAUUCAUUUUGCACCACUCAACUCUUUACUGUCUACCUGAUAGUAACAGCUCAUACUGAGGGAACAGAAUAAGGGAUUGAUCAUAGAGGAUUAUCUUCUUUAUGUUUAAUGUUUGUAUCACCUUAUGUUUGAUAAAGUGAUUACAGGUUUCAGUAAUCUACUUCAUUUACUUUAUUUUUAACCUGUAUUAGUGACAGUUUGUAAUGGAGGACUCCAUUGACGUGAUUCUGCAAGACCCUGGCAGGGUGUGUUCUACCAGCAGGCCCCACCUCGUCCUGUCGGCCUGCACAGGGGCUCUGCUCACUGGCCUGUAUGGAGUCUGGAGAAUGUUUUGUAUGCCUGGAUCACGCAAAAUCCCAUUGAACCUAUUGGUUCCUUAUUUGCCCUCCAGUAAAGGGCAGACAAUGAACAUUAUGCAGCUGCUUGAGGGACAAACAGGACGCUUAGCAGAUCUGGGAUCAGGAGAUGGAAGACUGGUGUUUGCAGCCUCUUCUGCUGGCUUCCGAUGCACAGGGUUUGAGAUUAACUCCAUUUUAGUGGCCUAUUCCAGGAGCAAGGCCCACUUUAGAGGAGUGCCCUCCAGCCAGGCAACCUUUGUUAAAAAAGACUUUUGGAAGACUGAUUUGUCUUCGUACAACAAUGUGACAGCUUUCCUUUCGCCAGGUUUGAUGGAGGUGCUGGGUGAGAAGCUGUUGAAAGAGCUUCCUGAUGAUGCGUGUGUCAUCGCCGCUCGUUUUCCUUUCCCCAACUGGCCACUGCGACAGUCUGUUGGUUCUGAUCUUGAUGAGACUUUUGCCUAUGACAUAAGCACUGUGCGUUCACACCUGAGAAAAGGACCCAAAAUUGUGGAGUAUUAAUUCACAGUCUUUGGGUUAUUUUCUCUUCUAGCACAUAAUUUAAAGAUACAGUUUCUGUCAGUUACGAGCACUGAUCAGGUGUGAUGGAGAGGAUGAGAGGGACUCUGACUUGACAAAAUGUCAGGAUGAUUUUGACAUUAGUUGUCAAAAUCUGCUGCUGUAUUUCAUAAACCAGUGCAUAUCCACAACAGACUUUUGUAGUCUUGCUAACAAUCGUGUUAUAAAUACAUUUGUGCAACACUAUUUACAACAUUGCUAUUGCGCUCUUUCUAAGAGCGAUUCAUUUGCAAAUAGUUUUUCUUCCACAUCAUGACAUACUCAGUAGCAUGUUUCAGGUAAGUGAGGUAUGUAUGUUAUUCUAUUUGUCCCGCUUUGCUCUUGUGGGAUUGUAGCUAGAUUCAUAUGUUGUGCUUGUGUUUAUUUAUGUAAUGAACACCUAGGCUCCUAGGCUCCUCCAGCUCAAUGCCAUUCUGAAAUUUACUCCAUGGUUCUCAGAGCCACUGAAGAUUAGGCACAAAGACCUUUUUAUGUUGUGCACGGACUGGAAACAGUAUCUGUAUCUCCUGACCUGUCUGAAAGAAAGGGAACCUCUGCACUUAACAAUCCAAUAAAGUAUCAGAUGUCAGUGUUU